AUGGGUAAUAAACCUGUAGCUAAACUUCGAUCGACCGAUUUGGAAUAUUUUCGUCAAUCUACAACAUUUACCGAUGCUGAAAUUCAAGAUUGGUAUAAAUGUUUUCAUAAAGAUUGUCCAAAUGGAUCAUUAACACUUGAUGAAUUUAAAAAAAUUUAUGCACAAUUUUUUCCUGCUGGUGAUUCUUCAACUUUUGCUGAAUAUGUUUUUAGACGUUUUGCUACAAAUCAUCAUGAUAAAAUAUCAUUUGGAGAUUUUCUUAUUGCAUUAAGUAUAACAGCAAGAGGAACUUUAGAUGAAAAACUUGAUUGGACAUUUGGUCUUUAUGAUACUGAUGGUGAUGGAUUUAUAUCUAGAAAUGAAAUGUUCAAUAUUGUUGAUUCAAUUUAUAAAAUGGUUGGUUCAGUUAUGCAAUUGCCUGAAGAUGAAUCGACACCACAGAAAAGAACGGAUAAAAUUUUUAAUACAUUUGAUAUGGAUCAUGAUGGAAAAUUAUCACGUGAUGAAUUUAUUCAAGGUGCCAAAUCAGAUCCGUCCAUAAUGAAUUUAUUAAAUAUUGAUAGAACACCAAUUUCGACAGCAAAUCCUAUUCGUUCAUCAAACAAUACUCUAUCAUCAAUGACUCGACUUCAUACUUAA